AUGAAAUCGACUUUAGUUUCUUCAGCACCGAGAGCUUGUUAUGGGUGUGGCCAGCAAGGCUAUUUGAUUCGAGACUGUCCGAAUCAAGGAGCAGGCACCGGUAGUGGUAGAGAGUCACAGCAGAGACAGUCACAGUCGGCUACAGCGCAGUCAGGUUGGCAGUUCACAGGCACAGGCGCCACAGGGGCGUGUCUUUGCACUUGCACAGACUGCUGCAUCUUCUGGUCGAUCAGUUCUCUGAGAGUUGUGAGGGAUUGCUCCAACGUGAUAGUUGUGCGAACUUUCGUGUUUGAUCUCAUCCUACUGGAGAUGACUAGCUUUGACGUCAUUCUUGGGAUGGAUUGGCUAGCUUCAUUUCAUGCUACGAUUGAUUGUUUUAGAGGAAGAGUUACAGUUUGCACUCCUGAGGAAGGUUGUUUCUUUUUCGUGGGAGAUCGGAGUGAUUCCCACACUUUAUCGUUUUAUGGAAUUCGUAAACGGAGUCGUGGUGAUUACUUCUUGGCUAGUCUUUUAGCCGAACAUGAUGAUGUUGUGGAAAAGGAUUAUCCGGCAGUUGUUCGUGAUUUCUUGGAUGUUUUUCCAGAGGACUUGACAGAGUUGCCUCCACAUUGA